AUGACAAAAGAAUCCAAUACAGCCCUUGUUGCCCGCGUGGUAGACGGUCAAAAGCCACUGCUGUCAAAGGAAAACAUUCCUAUCCCCAGUCCAGCUCCAAAUCAAGUGCUCGUCAGGGUAUCACAUGUGGCGCAGAAUCCGACUGACGUGAAAUCCUUCGAUAGAAAGGCCUUUGGCGAUGGAGCCGUUUAUGGCUGUGAUUUUGUUGGAGAGGUUGUUGAAUUAGGCAGCGAUGUUACCCGUUACACCAAGGGCGAUGUUGUGGCUGCCUUUAUUAGGGGAGGAGCAAUCAAGGGCUUGGGCGCAUAUAGCCAGUACUGCGUGGCCGAAGAGAGAAUAUCCUUCAUCGUCUCCACAAGCAUCCCACGCCAGUGUGCCAGCACUAUUCCCCUGGCAGCUGCUACAGCUUGGCUUGCCUUGUUUUCUAAGAGCUGCCUUGCACUCGACCGCCAGCAGGCCGAGAACACCAGCGUACUAAUCUGGGGCGGCGGCUCAAGCGUUGGCCUCUACGCCGUGCAACUCGCCGCAAUGCACGGAUUUGACGUAGUGACGACCUGCAGCCCCAGAAAUGCUGCCUUGAUCCGCUCAUACGGUGCCAAACAUGUCUUCGACUACAGCGACGACAAGGUGGCAGCUAAGAUCCGUGAAGUGGCACCUUCGCUCAAGCACAUCUUCGACACUAUUGGAAGUACCACAUCGUCCGUAACCGCUUCACUCGCUCUGUGCAAGGAGGGGGGAGACCUCUGCACCGUUCAGCCGGGCAAGGCUAAUACCGAGGGUGUGGCUGCCGGCACACGGGUUACCGAUGUGCUAGUGUGGAUGGCUUUUCUGAAGGAUCAGAUUCAUAAUGGCCUCAAGUGGCCGGCUUCAAAGGAGAAUCAUGAGCUUGCCAGCGAGCUCUUUGAAAAGCUACUGGGAUGGUUAGAGCAAGGGACCAUCCGGCCAAAUAGCGUGAAGCUUCUUCAUGGCUUGGAUGCAGUUGAGGAAGGUUUCCAAGAGUACAGAGACAAGAAGAUCUCCGCAUACAAGUUGGUUUAUGAACUGUGA